AUGGCAGUCGAGAAGCAAACACCGCAGGUCGGCGAGUCUGGGCUGAGGAAUGAGCCGAGGAACGGCACUGAGAUGGACGCCGUACGCCUCGAGGCGGCGUUGGGUCACAAGCAGGAACUAGUUCGCAAUUUUGGGCUAUGGAGUGUGACAAGCUUAGGAAUUGUGAUUGCAAAUUCCUGGGCCGCAACGGGUGGAACCAUUGUCACGGCGCUGAUGAACGGAGGCCCGAUGGCUCUUCUCUACGGUUUGAUGCUAGUGGGCGUCUUCUAUACAGCUAUAUCGGCUUCGUUGGCCGAGCUAGCGUCUUCGAUGCCCUCUGCUGGCGGGGUAUAUUACUGGUCCACGGUGCUGAAUGGGAAGCAUGGCCGCGCCGCUGGUUUCUUCACCGGCUACCUUAACGCCUGUGCAUGGCUCCUGUCAGCCUCUUCAAUGAGCUCAAUGUUGGGCAAUGAGGCAGUAGCCAUGUACUUGCUUCGCCAUUCGGACGUAGCCUGGAAACCUUGGCAGGUAUUUAUUGUCUUUCAACUUGUGAACUGGACCUGCUGUGCAAUUGUCUGUCUUGGAAAUCGGUUCAUUCCUCUGAUUAAUCGCAUCGCGUUGAUCCUUUCAAUGUGCGGACUUUUCGCAACUGUGGUGGUCCUAGCAGCAAUGCCAAAGACCCAUGCAAGCUCGUCACAAAUCUGGACGCAGUACUAUAAUAUGACGGGUGGCUGGUCUGACGGAGUGUGUUUUAUGACGGGCCUACUAAAUGCGGCUUUUGCAGUGGGUGUUCCGGACUGCAUAAGCCAUUUAUCAGAAGAAGUUCCCAAACCAGAAACCAAGGUUCCUCAGGGAAUCAUGCUCCAGAUGUUGACGGCCUUCACAACCUCCUUUCUAUAUUUGAUCGCCCUCUUUUAUUCAAUCCAGGACUUGGAUGCUGUCUUCGAUACAAGUAUUGGGUAUUUCCCUACUGCUGAAAUCUACCGACAGGCCACGGGUUCCAUUACUGGUGCCAUCGGAUUGAUCGCCGUUCUUUUCCUUGCUACCUUUCCAACUCUGAUCGGCACAUUUGUCACAGGAGGGCGGAUGUGGUGGAGCUUAGCUCGCGACAACGCUACUCCGUUCGCGAGCUAUUUCGCCCAGGUGCAUCCUACCUUGAACAGCCCAGUCCGUGCUACUGUCGCGAUGAGUGCUAUGGUCACCUGUCUUGGCUGCAUCUAUGUUGGCAGUACAACUGCCUUCCAGGCUCUCAUCUCGUCAUUUAUUGUCCUAAGCACACUCUCGUAUUUUGGAGCUAUCUGCCCACACGUCCUAACUGGUCGCCGAAACAUCGUGCCUGGGCCCUUCUACAUGGGUAAGCACUUAGGAAUGGCGGUGAAUAUCGUCUCAUUGUUAUAUAUUUUGGUCACCGUGAUAUUCUUUUGCUUCCCAUUGGUUAUGCCCGCCACCGUCCAAAACAUGAACUAUACAAGUGUGAUUACUGUCGGCCUAAUGACAUUGACCGCAUUGUGGUGGUUUGUUCGUGGGAAGAGCGAGUAUCGUUGUCCACAAUUUAGUUUUGAAGCUGCCAAACGAUUAAAAUAUCUACCGAGUGAAAAGUGA